CGACUGUCUUUUUAAUCACAAGCGUAAUUAAUUUUUGGUGGUGGCUGAGUAGUAAUGCCUCGAAUCUCAGUGUAGACUGGAAUUUUGAAUUUCGGGAUAUUUAAGACGCCCCUGAGUCCACCUAACUCUAAUGUGUACAUGACAUUAGUUGAGGAAGUAAAGGCGGUUGGUCUUGUGCUGGCCACAUGAGACCUUCGUUAAUGUUUGACCACAGAAACAGAUGACUUUUGCAUCAUCUGGCAAAUAAAUCGCAAAGGUCUAAAAGGGGUACUUUACUAAAUUAAUUAUUGAGGCUCAAUGUUCGCAUCUUCUCUAAUCAAGUCAAUUAACUUACGUCAAAACUCUCGAAAAAGGCUAUCCAAGUCUAAGUGCACUGAAACUAGAGACGGAUUUAAGUGAGUGGGGUCCCACUGCGAAAGACACAUUUCUCAACAAAAUCAACAGGCACAGACGAUUUCAAAGUACAAGAAGAAAUUAGGCCAACUUAAGAUGUGUGUGUGUGUGUGUUGUGUGUCUAUUACACGUAUUGUCUGUUGCUCAAAGUUCGAUUUAUUUAAGAAGGGAUUAAAAUAGCAGUGACCCCCCUUGUCGUCAACCCAAACAGGAAAUGAAUGGAUUUUUAAAAACUUUUACAACUUACCUCACCCCCGCAUUUUUUACUUAGAACUUUUUUUUUCAUCGUGUGGGUGAGUGUGGGAAAAAAACUAAUCAAUACUGAAAGAAUUAGGUCAAUAACAGUUACUAUAUAAUUAGCAGUAUCGUCAAUGUAUUUGACAAUAUCACAAGUCUAAGAUCAAAGCAGUGAACCACAAAACUAAAAGAUCAAUACGUUGGAUUCUUGCAGACUUGGUCUAGACACUGUCCUAAGAAUAUAAAUCAUGGGGGCUAUGCUCUACUUCAUUAGAGGUUUUCUAAUUGUCGCCAUUGUGAGCGCAUGUGCAGAUCAUCUAAGACAAAGUCUAAAUGAGACCAAUAAAAAAAAAUUCUGCUCUUCUGUGUCCAAGUUCACAAACUGUAUGGUAUCUACCCACAUUGCCAUGGGAUCUCCUUUUGGCGCCAACUUGACGAACUUCAUUGGCCCCGCCAUCUACAAGAGCGUCCAACAGGUUUGCGCCAUUCGUUGCUCGACGACGGUCAACGGCAAGCUCGACACGAAACCACCCAAAAAUCUCUUGAAGGCGGGGAACAAAUUGAAACUCUGCGCGUUUGAUUUCAUCCUUUCGAAUAAAUUUGAUAAGAAGAGAUCCUGUGAACACUUGCAGGAAGUGGUGAAGUGCUUCAUAUUGGCGUCUACAAAGAAAAGUUACCUCAUGCGAACAGACGAGUUACAGGCAGGGACAUAUGUUUUGGCUGAAAUACUGAGAAUGUCAUUUCAAAUCAACUGUCCUGAUGAUUUAGUGAAAGAACGCCUUAUUCAGACUUGUCGCGGCAGAUAUAACAUUAAAAACUAAGAAAAUAUUUCUGCAGUGCAUCUAACGACAUUAAAUCACCUGAUAGUCUUUUGACUCGGUAUAUAGAGAUUUUCAUCAAAUGGAGGUAAACCCACAAAUAGCUAGCUUUUGAUGUAUUAGGUGUACAGAAUACUGACGUAUUAAAAAAAAAACUAUACAUUUUUUAAACCAUUUAAAAGUGUGUUUUUUAAAGCAAUGUGGAAUGGAAUAAUUUAGAGUCAAUAUUUUCUAUAAUUUGUAGAGUUAUUAUUAUUUUGUGUUCGCUGCUUAUCAACUUGUUCUUAGUUUUACGUUUUUUGAUCGCCCUACGAUUUUAAAUAUUUUAGAGGCUAUAUCUCUUGUCUCUUCGAUGUAGACCAUAUCUUCUGUAUUGUCAUAGCAUGCUUUAAGACCAUAUCGUCUGUAUUGUCAUAGCAUGCUUUAAGACCAUAUCUUCUGUAUUGUCAUAGCAUGCUUAGGAUGGCUGCCUGGUCGUGCGGUUUGCGCGCUGGACUGUCGUUCACAUUUAUCGAUGGUCGAGGGUUCAAACCCUGCCCGCUCCCAUCCCCCGUCGUCCUGCGGGAGGUUUGGACUAGGAAGUAAUUAUCUUCAACUCUGAAGGAACAUCCGAAACAUGUAAAACAUUUUACAUUUU